AUGGAUACCACCCCUGGUUUUGUUAACCUACUCAAUAACCAAUCGUCCUUUGACCUUGAUUCACCCGAACCUGUUUGGUUUAGUACAGAGCAUUCCAUAGCCAUCGAUUCCACCCCUGGUUCUGAUCAGUCUGCUGUCAAGGAGAGGAGGAAAUGGUCUCCGAAAGAGGAUAAAAUCCUUAUUGGUGCAUGGCUUAAUACCAGUAAAGACCCUGUGGUGAGCAACGAGCAGAAAGUUGGUACUUUCUGGAAGAGGAUUCAAGACUACUACAACUCAAGCCCUGAACUGGUUGGGACAACACCUAGAGAGCUUGGUCAGUGUAAGCAGAGGUGGGCUAGGAUUAACGAGCAAGUCUGCAAGUUUGUUGGAUGCUUUGAAGCGGCUCUGAGGGAGCAGAGAAGUGGUCAAAAUGAUGAUGAUGUGAUGAAAGCCGCCCUAGAUAUCUUCUACAAUGACUACUCCAUCAAGUUCAACCUAGAACAUCCGUGGAGGGAGCUGAGGCAUGACAAGAAAUGGUGCUCCACCUUUCUCGCUAAGGACAGUGUGAAGGAAAAGCGCAAACAAGCGGUGGAGGUUGAUGGAGAAGAGGCAGUGGGAGCAGGAGAGGCUAGACCUAUUGGUGUCAAGGCUGCUAAAGCUACUACUAGUAAGAGGAAGAAGAGUGGUAGAGAAGAGGAGUUGGAAAAGUUACACGGUUCAGUACAAGGUCACAGGUGCGAAUGA